AUGAGCCAGGAGGACGCCGAACUGGACAACUUGACUCUCCUGUUCGGCGAUCUUGAGGUGACUGUGCGGCGGCGCAGUAGGGCCGAGAGCACUGGGACUGACGAAGGCUUUGAACUGGUUGGGCAGACAGGACCUGCCCUUUCUUCGCCUGCUUCGAGCUCUUCCGCUUCUGAGGCUGCCGUUCUUGCUGCAUUCUCGGCUGAGGCGCUGGGGGCGCUCGAUCUUCCUCAACUUCGGGCACUGGCUCGCCGGCUUACCGGUGCUGGUGGAGAGUGGUCGGGGACCGCUCGAGUGGCACGAGCAUAUCGUGCAGGGCUGGGCGCCAAGGCGCAUCUGAACGGAGGUCAUAAGAUCUCCUCUCCGACGCUGCCUGGAUUGAGGAACAGCUUUUACAUUGUUCUACGUGGCCCUUCGCAUCCGGAGGGGAUCUGGACCAAGAGCUAUCAGACCUACGCUGCUGCUGUCCGCCCCGUCGGGGGCCCUCGGGGUUCCUUUGAUUCGGCAAGUGCCUCCCAUUCCUCCCGUCACUCGCAGAAGCGGAAGCAUAUCUGCUGGGAGCCGGGCGGGGAUGGCCUCCUCAUCAGGUUUGAGGCGGCCAAUCGGCCGCCCUGGGGUGGAAGAGCUGGCACUUACGGAAGCGACCGCUACGCCACUGCUUUCCUGCUGAGGGUGCGGGCCAAUGGCUUCAUGGUGGUGCUCCCCGACUUGCCGGCCGUGCGGGAUUACGUCGAGGGCCUUCUCAACGAAGACGGCGACAGGGUGGCUCUUACUAUGAGGGAGCAAGUCCAGGUGGAGACUGUUCGGGGCCGCCACCUUGGUCCUGGAGCUGCUCUGCUGGCGGACUUUCCUUGGAGCAGUUGCGGCUACUUUGUCCGUUCGCUGCGCGGCCUGCCCGAUCGAGCUUCCCGUGUUCUCUCGGUGUCGGUCGGCGCCGUACCUGGCAGGCCUAUGUCACAAGAUGCUUUGGACACUGCUGCAAGGUGGGUGGAACGCUUAGAUCCGGACACCGCCCAGGAGUACUGGGAAAGCGCACAGGAGGUCGAUCUCGAGGCGGAUGUCGACGGGGAGCCCAUGGACGAACUGGCGGAGGAGGAGCCGGCGCAACCGGCGCCAAACCGCGCUCUGGGAUCGAGCCCUGCAGCCGCUCGGGCUUCCCAAGCUCCGCGGACUGGUGCCCAGCCUGGGGGCAAUCUCUUCAACGGCGGCCGGGCGAUGACGGAUGCUGCAAUGGCGAGGCUCCAGCGCUUAGCCGGUUCGGCUCCCGCUCGUGUUGGCCUGGUGGAGAGACAGCAGACGGCAGCUGCCGCCCCGGAGGAGGAUCUCGCUCUCGAGGCGGAGUUCGGAGCCCUUCCGCCAGCCGAUGUUCAGGAUCCCGCCGAGGAGCUUCAGGCCACCACUAUGCAGAGCAUGUUGCUAGCCCAAAUGCGGCAGAAUGCCAUCUUGCUGGAGAAGCUUGUGCACAAAGGCGGUGCUCUGGAAGAUGUUCUCGGCGGCGGCUCGGGCAGCGGCGGCGACAGCUCCGGAGCCGGAAUCAAGGGUCACUUGGCGAGGGAAGCUUUUCUGAAGCAGGUGUCGGAUCUCAAGAGCGUCGCCAACAAGGUGCAAAACAGUGCACUUUUGGAGCUUGGGAUGACAGAGCCGGAGCCUGGUCUGAUGAGGGAGUUCGUGGAAAAACGGAUCCCCCUGGCCGACCAAAAGGUUCUGCAACACGUCGCGGCCAUAGCCUCCCACGGCUGGGAGCUCGGCUACCGAUCGAAGAACGAGGAGCUCAUGGGCUUCACCAGCCGGCUGCUGAUGUUCGUGGAGCAGAGCGCCUUUGGAUGGGGGAAAAACCCAGCUCGGGACCUCGACUAUGCCGAGACUCGCAUAGCACAGCUUGGGAACAAUCGGCAGCCGCCUCCGCAGAAGCCGCAGCCACCCGAAGUACCGAGCGAGGAUGCCGAGGCCACCGGUGAGAGUCGGGACAAUCGUUUCUCUCCUAGUGGUUUGCAGCCUGACGGUGUUGCCGUGGUCAGGAUUUGUGGCCAGUCCCGCCACCCAGGUGGCGAUGGACGGCUUGCACGCGCGGCUUUUGCCGCAAGCGCCGACGUCAGUUGCGACUCCGGGAUAGGCUUCCCGACCACCGCUGCCCAACAGCAAGUGCUUGAUCGCCUGGAGUCGCAUAGCUGGGCCUCUCAACUGCAUGCCUCCUUCCUUCCCUACGAGCAACAUAAGGCCCCCAAGCCCGACCGAGAGUUUGUUUCCAGUCCGGCCGACGGCGCCUGUGCACCGAAGCAGUUUCUGAACUUUCGAGCCGGGGGCCCGCUUCCUGUCGUGGCCGAUCGUAUCAAGUGGAAGUACGGUCCUAGCUUCGAUCCCACUCCUUAUCUCGAGCCUGUUGUGCAGAGGGCCUUUGCUGAUCCGAGUUUGCUUCGACGGCCGAAACAUGAAUGGCCGGCCCUCGCCCCAGCUCGGCUCCACUGCAGCAAGAGUGAGCUUUUAAAGCUCGCCGAGAAGUGGGACGGUUUUGGAGCCGUCCGUGUCAUGCCCGCGUGCGAGGUUGAUUGGGAGGAAGCGGUAGGGUAUUCAAAAUCCUUGACACCGGGAUCACUUUUGACCUUGCUGCAUCUCGAGCCAGGCAUCGGUUUCCGCUAUUGCGCCGACGAUCUUUCGGAUUACUAUUAUUCCUUUAAGAUUUCUGCUCUUCGGGCUGUGAAGAAUAGCAUCCGUUGCCGGUUCGAGCCAGAGGAAAUUUCGCAUCUCCGUGCGGCGCAGGGCUCUGUGUUGAGUGGGCCACAGGUGCUUUCACUUAAUACUAUGGCUAUGGGCGACAGCCUUGCUGUGGAAGUGGGUCAGGGCGCUCACUACCAAGUCCUGCGGCAGCACGUGGGAUCGCUAAUACCUGAGGAGACGUUGCUCUAUAGGCGAGCUGUUCCGAAAACCGACACAAUCGAACUCCUUGCCAUUGAUGAUCAUGUGUCUCUUCAAAAGCUUCCGCUCGCCGAUAUGGCAAAGGAACCUACGCCCGUGUUCGCUGUGGUUGACAGUUUGUUCAAGGAGGGCUUAGGUCGAGCACGCAACAUUGUUUUCCGCAUUUCGAAUCAGAGUAGGAAUGAACUGAUGAUGCUUGCGGCGUUGGCUAGCACACUUGUGACAGACUUGAGGGCCACUGUUGAUGACCGCGUUUACUGCGUGGACGCCUCGCCUCAGGGAGGUGCCGUUUGUGCUGCACGUGUCGGUUCAAAGGCCGCCUCGGAGAUCUGGAGGCACGGCGAACUCAGGGGUUACCAUACCCGUCUGGAGUCCGAAGUCUCGGCAGUACUUACAGAGAAAGGUAUUCCACAUGAGGGUUCGGAUUUGUUCGGUGCCGACCAAAGGUUACCUGAGGACCUCCUUCAACAGCCCUCCCUUGAUCCCCUAGUCCCUAGGCCCUUGCGCGAAGGACUCCUUUUCGACUUAGUCGUGGUUCAGUCCCAUAAGUCCUCUUGGGGUUCUGCCUUUUCACACUUCGGGGUCAGGGUGCUGUUCAGUGAAGACCUCGGUUGUGCCGAUGAUGGCUCGCCUUGUGGACUGAGCGCUUCGCUAGCCCGUGAGCUCUGCACUCUCGCGCUGCGAGGCGUUGUGAGAGAGUGGCACAGCAGUUGUUUCCUGGGCACCUUCGGCACGCUACUGCGCCCAAGGGCGCAAACGCCCCCGGCUCCCGAGUGGCCUGCUGCAAGGCGCCUGUGCUUCAUCAUGACCGUUGCACUUCGCUGCAACCAGUGGAUCAAUGUUGAGCAGCCUGCGUCGAGUUCUUUGUUUCGGCUAGCCUGCUUUCGAAACCUUGCUGUGCUGGGCUGCGUGCUGACGUCAGUCUGUUGGUGCUCUUUCGGGGCGCCCUUCAGCUCACCGAAGCGCUGGUUACACAACAAGCCGUGGCUGUGCAGUUUACAGUCGCGCUGCAGCUGCGAGUACUCGGGGCGGCACUGGCCCACUUCUGGUUCUUUCACUGAAAGCUCCCUCGUCGAGUUCGCGGCGCGCUGCAAGCCGAGCCUGGCACAAGUGUACGAGUCGGCGCCUUCUGUCGGUCAAGCCUUUGUCGAUUUUGCGUUCAUGAUGCCACUUGGUUUGAGCGCAAGACUGCGCAGUGGGACCUUGUCUGCUUACCGCGGUCAUCUGCCUCGCGUGCCUCUCAGCAUGCGCCAGGAGACAGCUCGGAAGCUCGAGGUGCAGUCCUGCACCGAGCUACUCAGCUGCACCGGCGGAGUGACACCUUACCCGCCUCGCUCGUGGCACGAGGACCCAGAGUGGAUCGGGGAAUUGUGCAAGUCUUUGCCUUUCUCUGAGCUGUUUCGAUACCGCUUCGUAAAGCCUGGGCACAUAAACGUGAACGAAGCCAGGGUGUUUAAGAGUUGGCUUAAGUCGGUUGCUAGGUCUUCCCAGGGGAUUCGUGCCACUGCCAUUCUUGAUAGUCGGGUUACCAUAGGAGCCGCUGCGAAAGGGCGCUCUUCGAGCGGCGCCAUCAGCCGAGUUCUUCAGGGUAGUCUGGGGUAUGUUUUAGGUUCAGGGAUCUACUACAGCCUUUUGCACUGCUACUCUCAGGACAACGUCGCGGAUCCGCCCAGUCGCGACCGGGACGUGGAACCACCGACGCGCGCUGUACCGCGCUGGCUCGAGAAGCUGCUCAGCGGCGACAGCUCUGCCUUUGAGUCUGUCGUUGCUUCGUCUCGUGUGCCGAAGAACGCUGCAAGAUGGCUUCGGUUCGUGCUUCUUUUAGCAGGUGACAUCGAGCGCAACCCGGGCCCGAGAGCUGCACCUGUGCCACCCACUCCACGAGGACCUUUGGAUUUGAGCGCUGGUUUUGCUUCGAGUACCUCGCACAAGAUGAAGAAGAGCUUUAACUUGUUUCUGCUCUGGAUAGCUGAACACGUCUUCGUGGAGCCGGAUACCAUCUUCACCACCGCUGAAGCGACUGCUACUGCCUUACGCGGUUUUGGCUUGCACCUCUACGAGAAUGGAUGGCCCCGCUACAUUUUCGUGUUCGCCAUCACUGCCGUUGCAGAUCGCUAUCCAGCUUUUCGAAACUUCCUCACACCAGCCUGGCAGAUCGACAAGAAGUGGCAGAGAGCUGAGCCGGGCUCCUGCCGAGCCGUGCUGCCAGUCGCAGCCAUUCGUGCUGCGGUCUCUUUAGGGCUCUUGUGGGGCUGGUUUCGUUGGACUGCUUUGCUGAUUAUAGGUUUUCUGGCAAUGCUUCAUCCAGGGGAGCUUUUGGCUCUUACACGGCGAGACUUGGUCUUCCCGGUCGAUACUUUGUAUCAUACUGCGAGCCUCUUUGUACAUUUGCGGAAUCCGAAGACCUCGCGCUUUGCACGCCGUCAGCACGGGCGCAUAGAUGACCCGUCUGCUAUACGGUUCAUCUAUUCGCUCGCGCACUCCUUGCGGAUGGAGGAUCGGCUAUACCCAGCUUCUUUGCACAGCUUUCGCCGGCAGUGGAAUGCCGUGAUGGAACAUCUGGGCCUCCCAAACCGGGCGAUCGACCGCGGAGCGACACCCGGUGUCUUGCGCGGUUCAGGUGCAACCCACUUUUAUCUGUGUACGGAAAAUAUCCCCCUCCUUGCCUGGAGAGGACGGUGGUCGCGCACAAAGACCCUCGAAUAUUAUCUACAAGAAGUCGCGGCCCAGGUUCUUCUCAGCGAGAUUUCCCCGGCCAGCAGAAGUCGCAUCCGAGAGCUUGACCAGGCUGCAGACGAUCUUCUGGACUUCUUUUCGGGUGCUCCGCAGUAA